AUGGCUCCCGUUCCAUCUACCAUGAAGGCCGUCCAGAUCAACAAGAACGGUGGCGUUGAGGUUCUUGAGCAUAACGAUGUCCCUGUUCCCAAGGUUGGCGAGGGUCAGAUUCUUGUUCGCAACCAGAUCGCUGGUCUGAACUUUAUCGAUACAUACUUCCGUUCUGGUCUUUACAAAGCACCUCAAUUCCCUCUUACACUCGGCCGUGAAGCUGCGGGAACCAUCGUCGAUGUCCACUCCUCCGUAAAGGGCUUUGAGAACGGCUCUCGAGUGGUUUUCAUGGGCACAGUCGGCGCCUACGCUCAAUACAGUCUCGUCAACGCCUCUGAUGCAGUCAAGAUCCCCGACGACGUGCCUACUGAGCAAGCUGUGGCCGCUUAUCUGCAAGGUCUCACAGCAUGGACGUUUAUCCGAGAGGCCGGCCAGGUCAAGGAAGGCCAAUGGGUUCUCGUUCACGCGGCAUCUGGUGGUGUCGGUACCUUGUUGGUUCAGCUCCUGCGAACUGUCGGCGCCAAGAUCAUCGGAACUGCUAGCACAGACGAAAAGCUUGAGCUCGCAAAGAAGAACGGUGCUGAGUGGGUUAUCAACUCUCAUGACGAUGUAGUUGCCAAGGUCAAGGAAAUCACCGGUGGGCAUGGUGCGGAUGUUAUCUUUGAUGGCGUUGGAAAGGUGACUUUUGAUGCCGAUCUCGAGUUGAUCGCCCCCAAGGGUACUCUCAUAUCCUUUGGCAACGCGUCUGGCGCCGUGGAUCCUGUGAGCCUCUUCCGUCUCACUCCCAAGAACGUCCGCUUGAUGCGUCCUGUAGUCAACGGCUACGUUGCUGAGCGGGCCGAUCUUGAAAAGUACACCUCUGAGCUUUUCGACCUCAUCAAGUCCAAGAAGCUUGAGCUCACCAUCCACAAGGUCUACCCUCUUGCGGACGUGGCCAAGGCUCACGAGGACAUCGAGAGCCGAAAGACGAUCGGAAAGUUGCUCAUCAAAGUCGAUUAA